AUGAAACAGCAAGGAAAAAACACAAAACCUUUGAAAUUAUGUAACUCCUCUCCACACAAGCAAAAGCAAACUACAAUAAGACACAGCUAGCUAACACGAAGAACAACAAAUUCAACAAACAAACCAACCCAACAAACAAAUGGCAGAAGCAGAGACCACCAACAACCUCGAGCGAGAAACUGUUCCUAAGGUCAUAACUUUCCUAUCCUCUCUGCUGCAAAGAGUAGCUGAGUCUAAUGAUCAUAGCCGCCGGUUUCAGUCCCAGAAGAUCUCGGUUUUCCAUGGCCUUACCAGGCCUACCAUAUCCAUUAGAAGCUAUCUUGAGAGGAUCUUUAAGUACGCAAACUGUAGCCCGUCCUGUUUCGUGGUGGCCUAUGUUUAUCUUGAUCGGUUUGUGCAGAUGCAGCCGUCUUUGCCUAUCAAUCCUUUCAAUGUGCAUAGGCUGCUUAUAACCAGUGUUUUGGUUUCUGCCAAGUUCAUGGAUGACAUUUAUUACAACAAUGCCUACUAUGCCAAAGUGGGAGGAAUCAGCACAGUAGAGAUGAACCUUCUUGAAUUGGACUUCUUAUUUGGUUUGGGCUUCCAAUUAAAUGUGACAACUUCCACCUUCCAUACCUACUGUUCUUUUCUCCAAAGAGAAAUGUGGAUGCAAUCCCCUACAACAUUUGGCAGAACCUUCUCUAAACAUCGGGAGACCCCUAAAGAUCCACUGCUGUUUCAACGAAGAUGAAUCCACCCAUCAGCAACAAUUAGCCGUUUAAGCAUUGUUUUUCGGUGGAUUAUUAGGGACACUGGACCAGUGAUUUUGUCUAUUUAAACCCAAAAGGAAGAUGUUGGCUCAACUUCAAAUGGGUUUCGACAUUGUGCAAAGCACAGUGAUUUCAGAACUGCAAGUCAAAAAUCUCAUUUGGCUUUCGUUCUUAUGUGUCAAUGUGCUGUAAGGGCAUGUCCACGCUCAUUGUUCUUGGGUUUAUCAUGGUUACUCAUCCAACAAGUUUCCUUUUUUUUUUUUUUUAACUUUAGUGCUACCUAUUUUUGUUUUUUCUUUGUACCCAACUCUGAUAGUGGAAUGGUAUGCAUGUACAGAUAAGCGUUUCCUCUUUACAGUCUGGCUAA